UCAUGAAGGUAGCAUUUUUAUUGUUUUCCGUUUUGUAUGCGUAUCAAUGCUGAUCCAAUGCGUAUAAAACAUAAGUAAUGCCAAGGUAGCUGUAAAUAAUCCGGAGGUUCCGCAGAAUAAAAUACUGUUUCUCUAAUGUAAAUGCACAUGGUAGGAAACAAAAGCGAAAAUUAGAAGAAAGGAUCGAUACAAAGCAGAACGAACGAAUAAAAAUUUGGAAAUUUCACAAGCGAUAAUUUCGCGAUUCAACGCUUGGAUGCAGUCACAUAAAGUAAUUUUAAACGAAUAAACUUUUGGUCGUUUCAACAACGUGGUGGAGAAGCGUAUAUACAUAGUACAUUUCUUCUGGACUUUCAUACGAGAUAAGUAUAUUAUUUCGUACGAAAAUGGUACCACUCGGACCAUCGCCAGGUCAUCAAACAUCCGUCAAUAAUACGACAAGCACUCCUGCCAGUGGAACCAAGAGCAGCUCAACGCUGAAACCAAAUUAUACUCUGAAAUAUACUUUGGCAGGUCAUACUAAAGCAGUUUCUUCUGUAAAAUUUAGUCCCAAUGGAGAAUGGCUUGCGAGUUCUUCUGCUGAUAAAUUGAUAAAAAUAUGGGGAUCCUAUGAUGGAAAGUUUGAAAAAACUAUAUCUGGUCAUAAACUGGGUAUCUCAGAUGUAGCUUGGUCCAGCGAUAGUAGGUUAUUAGUGUCUGCAUCCGAUGAUAAAACAUUGAAGAUUUGGGAGUUAAGUUCUGGCAAGUGUUUAAAGACAUUGAAAGGCCAUAGUAAUUAUGUAUUUUGUUGCAAUUUUAACCCACAAUCAAAUCUUAUAGUUUCCGGUUCCUUUGACGAAAGUGUUCGAAUAUGGGAUGUUAGAACUGGAAAAUGUUUAAAAACGUUACCUGCUCACUCGGAUCCCGUAAGUGCAGUACACUUCAAUAGAGAUGGAUCAUUGAUUGUUUCCAGUAGCUACGAUGGCUUAUGUCGAAUCUGGGAUACAGCGUCGGGGCAGUGUUUAAAAACAUUAAUAGACGAUGAUAACCCUCCCGUUUCUUUUGUGAAGUUUUCGCCAAAUGGAAAAUAUAUUUUAGCGGCUACCCUAGACAACACGUUAAAACUUUGGGAUUAUAGUAAGGGGAAAUGUUUGAAAACGUACACUGGCCAUAAAAACGAGAAAUAUUGUAUAUUUGCAAACUUUUCUGUCACAGGAGGAAAGUGGAUUGUCUCGGGUUCGGAAGACAAUAUGGUGUACAUUUGGAAUUUGCAGACCAAAGAGAUAGUUCAAAAAUUACAAGGUCACACAGACGUCGUGCUUUGUACAACAUGUCAUCCCACGGAUAACAUUAUAGCAUCAGCUGCUCUUGAAAAUGACAAAACAAUUAAAUUGUGGAAAAGUGACACAUAAACGAAAAGACACGUUU